AUGGCGGCCCACAAAAACCCAAAACACCAGAGAGAUGCCCACCUAGCUCGCAUCAACGCCUUAAAACACAAAAUCGAACUCCUGAAAAGGCAAUACGUACGGCUCGAGGCCGAAAUGAAGGAGUUGAAGAGAUACGAAUACAAGUCCCGCGGAAUAGUAAGUGCACUCAAACGUAUCUUCGGAUCACCAAAGAGAAAUCUUGAUGCGGAUGCGUGGAGGAGAUGUUUAGUGAAAAGGGCGGAGAUUCGGAAUUUGAUGGAGAGGACGAGGAGGUCGAUAGAGGCUUCGCAGACGGAGAUGGAGAAGUUAUUGGUAACUUUGUCACCACGAGAGAUACAGUGGCUUACACUAUGA